CGUAAUGGAAAUCGACGACGCCACGGCUCCUACGUCGACCACGACGAAUUCGGGAGACGUCGAUUCAGACUGCAACAACCUCCUACAGGAGUUCUCCCGAUUGGGAACAACCGAUCGCGAUGUACUCAUUUCGAAGAUGCAGCAGCUCACCAACGGACUGUCCACCAUGGAGAGCACCUUUUUCCUCGACAUGAACAAUUGGAACCUCGAGGCUGCCGUUUGGACGUACUACGAUCUCGCAAGUCAAGUUGCUGGCAACCAAGCCCAACAACAACAACAGCAGGAGCAGCAGCAGCAGCAACAACAACAACAGUCAGAGCCGCAGCAGCUACCAGAAAUGCAGGGGCAACUCAAUCAGCUACAAAAUUCACAAGCUUUACAAAAUACCUUCGUCGGAUGCAUCUCACAACCUGACGGCACCAACCAGUCGUGGGAGGUCAACCUUCCUGCGCGCUUCAUGACCCUUGUCGAGGACAGAACCGUCGGGAAUGGAGAAGCCGUGACGCCGGACACGCCGUUCAUAAAGACGUGGCGGUUACGGAAUACCGGGUUGCACGCAUGGCCCGAGGGCGUCGUGCUCAAAUAUGUCGAAGGCUACAAUAUACAGGGUGAAGACGUCCGUAUAAAUCAGAUGGUAUCGCCCAAUGAAGAAAUCGACGUUUCUGUUCGACUACGCUCCCCCUCCGACCCUGGUUGCUACUUCAGCAAUUGGAGACUCCACGAUGCGCAAGGACCUUUCGGGGACUCAAUUCUCAUUUUGGUACAGGUGCAAGAAGGAGGAGUGAUGGCUGUUACACAACAAAUGGACGCGUGUCACGCUUGUGAAUGAAAAAACAAACGUGUUAAGUAGACUCGAUCGGUCAGCUAGUUGGUCGCUCGGCUACUUGGUCGAUUGGCUCGGCUUGGAAAAAAUUCAGUGGAGAUGAGAAAAAAACGAAACAACAAAAAGAUUGAAAGCUGACGAACACUUGGGCUGAGCGAAUGCAUCGAGGACGCUGUGUACAGUAUUGGAGACGAUACAAAUAUAUAUAUAUAUAUAUGAAUACAUUUAUUUAAAUAUAUAUAUGAUGAACAUACACCUACGCUAAGUGAUCGUGGUUCUCCGAUGAAGGAUCGCUGCAAAGAGUACUCAGGAGCGCUUGUUAGUGGAGACCUUCGAAGCCAUCCUUCCAUCUUUUAGGCUUGGUCGUUGCUGCAUACAAUUCGUUCUCAACUUGUGCCACCUCAGAGACCUCAUCAGGAGCGAGCCAGGCACUCGAUCAGCCAAAUAAAA